UCACGAGCCAACCUGCGCUCGUACAACGAUAGGUAGAAACAACAAUUAACGCUGCUAGAAACCACACCCCAUCAAAUAGCAUCGCAGUGAGCUGUUGCAGCAUCACAAAGCAAAGCCUCGAACCCGCCAACGAUUAGGGAGUGCCCCGCGCGUGUGUGUGUAUGUGUAUCUUUGAGUGCGUUCUCAGUUCAGAGUUUCAGCAAUAACCGCGUCCGAAAAGUGCAUUCAACUGCAAAUGGUUAGCUGGAUGCACCCGAAACCAUCAUGUUACGAGUGUCCCUCAACCCACUACUACUGCAGCUCGUGCUGAUCGGAGCGAGCGUGCUGGUGCACCAGGCGGCAGGGCAGCAGGGUGGCGUCGGCGGACUGCUGCGCAGCAGCAACAACAACCCCUUCUACGACAUGAGUCCCGACGACGACUAUCUGGUCGGAGCGGGCGGGGGCCAGCGGACGCCCGCCAACGUCGACGAUCUGUUCCUGCGGGCGGGCGAUCUACGCAGCGCGGAAGACUAUUUCUGCCCGGAGCACUGGGCCGCGUUCCGUGGCACCUGCCUGCGGGUGCACAAGUCGCCCCGGAAGAGCUGGUACGCGGCGCAGAAGAUCUGCCAGGCGUACCAGGGUGAGCUGAUCAGCGUGGACACGAUCGAGAAACACUCGUUCGUGGUGCGGCUGCUCGACCGGGACGUGAGCAAACUGAACCGGUACUACGUGUCCGCCCGCCAGGUGUCACCCGGCAACUGGGUGAACGCGGACAAGAGCCAGUUGAUCGCGAUCGAGGAUGCGAUCAACUACGAGCUGCUGAGCGCGGACACGGCUGACGAGUUCCAGUCGUACUUCGAGGGCGCCAACGUGCGCAACGCGGUCGAGCAGGGCGAAGCCGAAGGGGAGAACGACCCGCGACGGUACUACCAGUCGGAGCGGUACCGGAACCGUAACUACCUCGUGCUCGGCUUCAACAUGCACAAGGAAAAGUGGCAGUUCUAUCCGGUGACCGGGGAGGAGCAGUACCUGUUUGUGUGCGAGUCGCGCACGUUGUACAGCCAGGACAACCUUAACACGCUGCUGGAGGACCGGCGCCAGUUCGACUACGGGCUGGAGCAGACGGACGUGGAAAAGAUACCGCGCGGCCCAUACUUCAUCCGGCAACCAGUCGACACGACGUACGACACAGGAAAGGCGAGUAUUACGCGCGACGUGACGCUGAGCUGCCUGGCGGGCGGGUACCCGACGCCCCGCUACACCUGGUACAAGGAGGAGUAUGUGAAGGACAAUCUGACGGUGAUCCAGAUCGAUCCGCUCCGGAACGCGCGGCACACAGUCAGUGGUGGCAAUCUGAUCAUCCACCGACCGUCCCAGAACCUGGACCAAGGCACGUACCACUGCACGGCCCAGAACGCGUACGGCAAGAUCCUGUCCGAGAGCGUGCAGCUCAAUUUUGGCUACAUUCUUGAGUUUAAUCUGCAGCGCGCGCCCGAAAAGGGCGAAGAGAACUGGGGCAAGGCACUGGUAUGCGAGGAGCCGCAGCACUAUCCAGACGUGAAGUUCUACUGGUCGCGCAACUACUUUCCCAACUUCGUGUACGAGGAUCAGCGUGUGUUCGUCAGCCACGACGGUUCGCUAUAUUUCAGCUCGCUCGAGGUGAUGGACCGGGCGAACUACUCCUGCACGGUGAUGAGUACGGUCAGCGACACUGGACGGAAUGGGCCGUUCUUCGAGCUGUCCGUGUCACCGUCGCCCCACUACCAGGACCUGAUUUUUGCCAACACAUUCCCGAAAGCGUUCCCAAAGGUGCCGCUCGCCGGCAAGGACGUGCGGCUUGAGUGCAUGACGUACGGGUACCCGGUCGCUUCAUAUAACUGGACGCGGCGCAACGGUAACCUGCCCCGGCUGUCCCGGCUGGAGAACUACAAUCGCGUGCUGCUGAUCCAGAACGCGACCGUCAACGACAACGGCGAGUACGUGUGUACCGCGCGCAACGGGAAGAAAUCGAUCACGCAGAGCAUCUUCCUGAACGUGCAGAUGGAACCGAACUUUACGAUACCGCUGCGCGACCGUACCAAGGACUUCCAGAGCUCAGUUUCGUUCCUGUGCGAGGCGUACGCAAUGCCGGACGUCAACUACACCUGGUACAAGAACGGCGAGCUGAUGGAGGAGGACAGUGCGACCGGGGGCGGGCGGCUCAAUCGCGACAAGUACACAAUACAGGACAACCUGCUCAAGAUCAACUAUCUCGAUCCGGAGGAGGACAACGGCAUGUACCAGUGCAAGGCGACGAAUCAGCUGAAGGGCGUGUACUCGGCAGCGCAGCUGCGCGUCCUCAGCAUGAAGCCUUCGUUCAAAAAGCGCCCACUGGAGUCGGAAAUCUACAGCAUCGCGAACGGCAACACCACAAUCCGGUGCGAGCCGGAGGCAGCCCCGACACCAAAGAUUGUGUGGAAGAAAGAUGGCAAUGUCAUCGGGAGCGGGGGUCAUCGGAAAAUCUACCCGACCGGGACGCUCCACAUCUCGCCGACCUCACGGGACGACGAGGGCACGUACACGUGCAUCGCCUCGAACACGCAGGGCAUGGCGGAGUCGAAGGCGCGCUUGAUCGUGCUGCAGGAGCUGCGCUUCACCGAGCAGCUGCCGCCGAAGCAGAUCAAGCAGAUCGGCGAGAUGCUGUUUCUGCGCUGCGACGUCACGUACGAUCAACUGCUGGACGUGGCUUUCGUGUGGACGCAUAACGGCCAGCUGCUGACUGGGCACGACGAUGCAGACGAGCAGCGACUGCGACAGCAGCCGAUCGGACCAGCCCCGGACGGGGCCCGCAUACGCAUCCACUACAACACGCUCGAGGUGCACAACCUGACGCUGGUCGACGGGGGCGAGUACGAGUGUGUGGCGAAGUCGUCUGUCAACCGGAUCGUGUCGCGCGCGACUGUCCUCAUCCAGGGGCCGCCCGGUGCACCCGGUGCGGUGAAGGUAAUCGACAUCAAGAAGACGGAGGCACUGCUCGAGUGGACCAACGGUAACGACAAUGGGCGCCCGAUCUUGUACUACAAUAUCCUCGGCCGUACCAACUGGAACCGGACGUGGGUGAACGUGUCGACGCACGUGGUCGCGCAGGAAGCAGACCGAUACAACGGACGCCGGCAGGCGACCGUCACCAACCUGACGCCGUGGUGCGGGUACGAAUUUGCGGUGGUGGCCGUGAACGAUCUCGGCCUCGGUACGCCCAGCCUCCCAUCGCCGAUGUACAGCACGCUAAAGGACCGGCCGUACAUAGCUCCGCGCAACGUCGGCGGCGGCGGCGGCAAGAUUGGCGACCUGACCAUCACCUGGGACCCGCUGGCGCCGCACGAGCAGAACAGCAUCGACGUGCACUAUCGCGUGUUCUACCGGCUGCACGGGCAGCGCGAGUGGGCCAGCGAAGAGCUGCAGCGCCAGGGCAACGUCGGCAAGGCGGUCAUCCACGUGCCAACAGACAAGUAUUACACGCGGUACGAGGUGAAGGUGCAGGCGGUGAACGAUCUCGGCGUAGGGCCGAUCAGCGAGCCUGUGGAGAUUUUCUCCGCCGAGGAUAUGCCCCAGGUGGCGCCACAGCAAACGAUUGCCCGCAGCUUCAACUCGACCGCACUGAACGUGACGUGGGUGCCCGUAUCGCAGACGCGCGAAACGAUCCGCGGCAAGCUGAUUGGCCAUCGCCUCAAGUACUGGAAGAAGGAGCACAACGAGGAAGACUCGGUGUACUAUCUGUCGCGCACCACCCGGCCCUGGGCGUUGAUCGUCGGUCUCGAGCCGGACACGUAUUACUUCGUCAAGGUGAUGGCGUACAAUGCCGCGGGCGAGGGCCCGGAAAGCGAGCGCUAUCUCGAGCGGACGUACCGCAAGGCGCCUCAGAAGCCGCCGUCCUCGGUGCAGAUCUACGGCAUCAACCCGUCCACGAUCAAGGUGACAUGGCGCUACAUCGCACCGUCCCAGGACGAGGAACCGGUGCAGGGCUACAAGAUCCGCAUCUGGGAGAAGGACCAGGACAUGUCGAGCGCGAACGAUACGGUGGUGCUGGUUGGCCGCAAGCUGGAAAAGUACAUCGACAAUCUAACGCCCGGCAAAUCGUACAAUCUGCGUGUGCUCGCGUUCAGUAAUGGAGGGGACGGCCGCAUGUCCAGCCCACCGAUCCAGUUCCAGAUGGGUAAAUAAUUGGGGCCCGGGAAUAUCAACAGCCCCGGGUGGCUCAUCCCCUAAUUUUUUCUCACUUCUUAUCACUCAUUCAUCAAGCGGAACAAAGCAAAAGAAAAGGCUAAGAGCACAAAGCUUAGUAGUGCGAUAUUCAGGACAUCACUUUAACAACAAUAUGCUGAAAUACAUAUAAUAUAUACGUUUAAAAAUGUAUCUAACCAUAUACUCACACAACACACAUUCAUUUAUAUGCUCCUCCAUCCUCCAAUCGCUAUCUGUGACGUUUUAUUUGUUAUCGGUUUUCUCUCUUUUUCGCAGGCAUCACGCAAUCGCCCCUGAACGACGCAACCAGCCUGUCGGUUCCGUUCUUUACAUUGGUCACGCUGCUAUGCGCAUUGCUGUGCCUCGAGUAAGUGUGACGCUUGCCGAACGGUUAAACAGUCACGCAACCUUCGUCGCCUUCGAAAAUGCCAUUCCACACAGAUACACACAAAAUACGGCAUAAUGCGCUUCAGUGACCUUAUGCGGAAGCGUGAUUCUGUUGUUUGCCUUUUCUUAUUUUCCCGCGCUGAGUGUCGUUUUGAUCGGGCGCCUUAUAGACAUAAGCGUGUAGGUUAGUUUCGAUUGUCAAAUGGAAAUUUCAUUACAGUGGAAGGUAGAUAGAUAACGAGAGAGAGAUAGAGAGAGAGAGAGAGAGAAAGAGAAAGAGAAAGAGAAAGAGAAAGAGAGAGAAAAA